UGGUCGCGCGCCGGGGAAUGAGGGCGCCAUGGAGCACAGGCCGCCAUGCGAGGACCGGCGGCCCACCCUCGACCUGUGGGAGGCGGACGACAAGAGCUCGGUGGCCAACUCGCAGGUGCCGCUGAACCCGGGGGACGACGGCACCUCGCACGGCUCGGGACUGACCGAGCCCGGCCCGGAGCCGGAGCGCGGCAACUGGACCGGCCGCUUCGACUUCCUGCUGUCGCUGCUGGGCUACAGCGUGGGGCUGGGCAACGUGUGGCGCUUCCCCUACCUCUGCUACCAGAACGGCGGCGGCGCCUUCCUAAUCCCCUUCUCCGUGAUGCUGGUGAUCGCCGGCCUGCCGCUCAUGUUCAUGGAGCUGUCGUUCGGCCAGUACGCCAGCCUCGGCCCCGUCGCCGUCUACGAGAAGUUCUGCCCGCUGUUCUGCGGCCUGGGCUACGGCAUGGUGAUCGUGUCGGCCAUCGUGAUGCUCUACUACAACCUCAUCAUCGCCUGGACCAUCUUCUACAUGUUCGCGUCGCUGCGCAGCGUGCUGCCGUGGCAGAGCUGCGACCACGAGUGGAACACGCCGUACUGCUUCUCGUACGAGGCGGCGGACGCGUGCGAGGCGGCCAACGGCACCUUCUACCUGCGCGCGUGCUACAACUGGACCGAGGCGGGCCUGCGCAACAUCACGCCGCAGCUCGUCGACCGCUCGGACCGCAGGCCGCCCGCCGAGGAGUACUUCAACAACUACGUCCUGGGACUGUCCACCGGAGUCGAGGAAGUGGGAGAAAUCAAAAUAUCCAUGGCGCUGUGCUUGUUGCUGGCGUGGAUCAUCGUCUUCUUGUGCCUUUCCAAGGGCGUCCAAUCCUCCGGGAAGGUGGUGUACUUCACGGCUCUGUUCCCCUACGUGGUGCUCGUGAUCCUGUUCGUGCGAGGCGUGACGCUGCCUGGCGCCUCCACCGGCAUCUUGUUCUACCUGACGCCCGACUGGGAGCAGCUCACCAAGGCGCAGGUGUGGGGGGACGCUGCGGUCCAGAUAUUUUUUGCGCUCAGCCCUGCUUGGGGGGGCCUCAUCACACUGGCCUCCUACAACAAGUUCUCCAAUAACUGUUACAAGGACUCGCUGAUCGUGGCCGUGUCCAACAUCCUGACGUCGUUCUUCGCCGGCCUGGUGAUCUUCUCGGUGAUCGGCUUCCUGGCGCACGAGCUGGACGUGCAGGUGGACCACGUGGUGGACCAGGGCGCGGGGCUGGCCUUCAUCGUGUACCCGGAGGUGGUGACGCGCCUGCCCGUGUCGCCCGUCUGGGCGCUGCUCUUCUUCGUCAUGCUGCUCACGCUGGGGCUCGACUCGCAGUUCGCCCUGAUGGAGACUGUCACGACAGCCAUUCUCGACAGGUUCCCCAACCUGAGGGACUACAAGUUCUGGGUGGUGCUGGGAGUGGCUGUCUUCGGCUACUUUGGCGGUCUAAUUUUCACCACCAAUAGCGGCAUGUACUGGCUCCAGCUGAUGGACAAGUACGCAGCCAACUGGUCCGUCCUGCUGAUCGCCAUCGCCGAGUGCGUGGUCAUCUCGUGGGUGUACGGCGCCAACAGGUUCCUGAAGGACGUGCAGGACAUGAUCGGGCCGAGGUCCCGGGCCUGGCAGUUCUUCUGGAGGUGGAUGUGGCGCAUCGUCACACCGUCGACACUACUGUUCAUCUUGUUCUUCAACUGGCUGGAGUACAGUCCGGUGCGGUACGGCACCUACGUGUACCCCGCGUGGGCGGACGCCGUGGGCUGGCUCGUCGGCGUCUUCCCCGUCUGCGUGAUCGUCAGCAUGGGCGUCUACAAGAUGGCGGUCGGAGCGGAUGGCUCCGCGAUGCAGAGGCUGCGGGCGCUGACGCGCCCCACCGAGGACUGGGGCCCGGCGCUGCGCAAGCCCGCCGCCUCGCCCGCCUCCUACGACAGCGUGCGCAACACCAUCGUGCUGGUGAACGGCCUCCCGGUGAUCCAGGAGUCGAGCCGGCUGCAGGGCGACGCCGAGUCGCUCGAGGACAACCGGCUGUGAGGCGCGCGCGCCGCUGUUUGAGGUUAUGUCGCCCUCCGGCCGGCGCGCGCGCACUCGGCACUGCGCAGACACCGCAGCGCUCCAGGUGUUCGCGUCGUGCAAGCACUUUCAGAGGACUGCGUUUCAUGGAGAGAGGAGAUGGAAACCGAAAGACGCCAUCUUGGUUUCAACAAUUUUUUUACCGUAACCAUUUUCUACUGCUCGAUUUUCAAAAGCAUAAUGUAUAUAAUUUAAUGGAAUAAUUGAAGUAAUUAAGAACUGGCUGCUACAGUGAUUUCAGAUGGCAUUUAGUAAAUAUACUCAUAAGAUUUAUUUGGAAAUGGAAUAGAAAUAUUCAUGUAAAAUUACAGAUAUUUGUAAAUUUGUACAUUUACGUGACAACAAAUGUAUCGCUAUAAAAAAAAUGGUUUUCGUAAUAAUACUGGGUUUGGAUUCUUACCCGGGCGUUUUUGUUUUUGUUGUCCUAGUACAGCCAAAAGUUAAUUUGUAAACCUUUUUCUGAACAGCUUUCUAAAACUAACUGAACACAUUAAUAAGCUCAUUAAAACAUAAUGAAGUCUAAUUAUUGCAAUUUCGAUUAAAUUUCCAUGGUUUAAAAAAAUUGCAUUAAACAUAAAUUUAAACAAAUAAUAUUACGCGCCAAUCUUUGUAAUAAAUACUCAGUAUUAUCACGAAAAACGUAUCUUAUACGUAAAUGCAAAAAUAACCAAAGCCAUAUGAUGUACAAAGUUACAAUACCUUUCAUGUAGUAUUAAUAACUAUUUCCUGGCAACUUGUUUCUAAAGGAAUAUUUUGUAAUAAUACAGAAAAAAAAAAUUUGUUCUGUGUAUUAAUGUUAUCUUUAUAGCUGCAGGCUUAAACGAAGGCAAAGUUGCAAUGUCACGCGAUAAAAAAAAAAUGGUUAUGGCGCAAAAUUGUUGCCAACAAUACGGCGUCUCUUCUGUUCGUAUCUCCCUCCCUUGCACCGUCGCCAGGCGAGAGACAGCGGCAUUUCCACGGUGUUCUGGGCGUCGCAGCGCGGCGGGGGCGACCCAGGGAGCGACUUGGACCACGUCACAGCAGCUCGCCUCCCGAGUCGGAACCCCGCAGGGUUGCAAUGGUUCGUGACUAGGUACACUGCGAAACCACUUUCUUCAUGACGGACAGGCUAAAUAAAUCUUAAAUUAAAUAAUCGAUAACGUGUUUAUUGCUGAAAAUAUUUUUUUUAUAUUCAUUAUAUUUAGACAUUAACAAUUCUUCCAGUUCAUAAUAUUUACAUAUAAGGUUUAAUCACACGGUUUCGCAAAAAAUAAUAUGGCAACAAGGCCUCCAACUGUAACAUCUUUCUCUUUUUUUUAGGGGGGGGGGGGGUAAAAAAAAGUAACACUAAUUUGGCUUACUACACAAAUAUUUCUUUAUAGCUUUAUUACUACGAACAUACAUGACAAGCAAAAACUAAAUCUUUCUAUUGCAGAAACACAAACGUUUGUAUAGGCCCAUUCUUAAACAAACAUUUUUGCUGUGGUUAAGAAAGUGGUUUUAUGGAGAAGUACAUUAAAAUACGCACUGCGCCCAAACCAACUAAAUAUGUGUCUACCUAUCUGUUGGAGAAACAUUCGUAGGAAAAACUUCGCGUGUCUUUGUUCGCAUCUAUUAAUUUUGGACAGUUCUUUUGGCGAAUCGUACGCCGAUGUUGGUGCCAUGCGCAGGAGACGAUAGCCAGUCUAUGUAUUCGUUAGUCUAUGGCCGCGCUGUACCGGACUCGUUGACUGCGUGGCUGUGAGGUUUCUAUUCCCGGGAGUUGUACUGUCCGCGCGCCGGCUCCUCUGCCCUGCUCGGAGCAUGUACUGUGCGCACACCGGCUGCUCUGCCCUGCUCGGAGCGCGGCGCGAGACGGCGCAAGGGAAGAAGAGCUACGCUCAUUGGCCGGCACCGGGGUCAAGCCACUGUGUUUGCGAGAGAGAAACACAUGUGACGUCACAGCGUUCAAGUGUUCAAAACCAGUUUAUUUAUUAUCAGGGUUUUAUUAUAUUUUCUUAAAAGUUGUUCAAAAAAAUAUUAUCUGGCCAACUAAAAGUACCUACUAAUUAUUUUUAUACUCGAUAAUACUUUAAACCUCAGUUAAAAAUACUUUAUUUAAAGUUUAAAAAUGCAAAGAAAAUAUUUAAAACAAAACAGCCUUACAAUUAAUUGCAAUGAAAUGUACUUAGUUAAAACGUGGCUUGAAACAUUUUAAAUUGUACAUGAACUAGAUCCGAAGUUAAAUUCCUCAAAAUGCUAUUAGUGUGUGUGUUUUUUUUAAAAUUGGUUUUGACUACAGUCUAAGAUUUGUAGUUUUAAUUUUAGUGAAUAUCAACAUGGUUGUUGUUUUUGAACACUUGGACAGCUUUAACAUCGUUCUACGUGCUUAUUUCUCCUACGCACCCGACUAUACACUCCAGCCGGGGAUUAUGUUGCGGUGAUCGGACAGUAGACUCAUACAGUUUUAUAGACAAUGUAGUUUGUGCUAGAUUAACUAUUCGUGUUGACGAAAGCUAGAGACUGGAAUCAAAAGUGAAUGAGAAAAAAAAAAGAAA